UACCGAUGAUGACGUACAGUGACUGGUCUGACGCUCGUCCCGAACCAGACAUAAACACGGAAGUGGCAAGCAAAAGAGACGACCAACUGGGACACAGAAACGGAGCCAAUCACCCACAAAAGGCUGACCUCCUGUUGUGAAGGAUGGAUCAAGUUGCAGAGGGUAUCGACCCUAAUGUGCUCAGACUGGAGAUCGCAAUUCUGUGGAACAAUAAGGCGUGGGCCGGGCUGCGCGCGGCGGCCUCCCAGGGCUUCUCCCAGGUGGCCCGGCCCCUGGAGGCCCUGCUCACCAUCCUGGAGGGCUGCGCCGCCUACAAGAAGCCCGCCGACCUCAAACAGAGGGUCCUGCUGGAGUUCCAGCAGUGGCUCAAGGACCACCCACAGGUGAGCCUGGCGUCGCUCCCUGAAGAGCAGGCCCUGCCCCUGCGCCAGCGCGCCCUGGAGCUGGUGACGGAGCGCCUGCCGGGGGUGGCCAACCCCAUCAUAGACAUCUACCAGCUCCGGCUGAUGGAGCCGGCGGCCCUCACCCAGCACGUGGCCCGGCUGAAGGGCCGCAGCCUGCACUGCGAGGCGGCGGCGUUCAGUGUGAAGAUGGGAUUGCAACUCGCGCUGGACAUGGAAGAUAUGUGCAUCCCCCUCCUACUACAGGACAAGGUGACGUUAGCGGAGUCCUUUGUGCACGGACAUCCUCACCUGGAGCUCCGUCUGGUCACCCUGCUGGACUCCUGGUGUGACCCGCGCACCACCCAAGACUUCCUCAGCGGGAUGUACCCUGAUCUCGUCCUGAGCCAGUUUCACAUCAACCAGUUGACGUCAAAGGUUCUUUCCAAGCACGUAUUUCGACUGAUCGGGAAGUUCAACAUUGACCCAGCCCUGUGUCACCACUCGGUGCACAUGAGGAAGAAAGGCACCCUGCGAUUCCUCAUGGAGAAGAGAUUCAAAUGGAAAGAUAUUGAUCAGGAAAACUGGUGCGACCACACAAAGGCAAUUGUAGCAGAUGACCCUGAGAUGCAAAUAUAUCUGGACGCACUUUUGACAAAUUAUACUAGUUCAAAACAUGCGGCCCAUUUGUCAAAGAUUGUCAGAGGUGGACCAAACGCACAAAAGUCUUGUCUGAAUGCCACAACCCAGGAGUGGGACGUGCCAAAGCAUCACUCUGACCGCUACUACCAGCUGCCCAUCAGCAGAGACAACAUCCACUUCCUGGGCACUGUGGAGGACCUGCAGCAGUGCCGAGAGCUGGUGUUCAAGGAAGGCGGGACGGUGGGGGUGGACAUGGAGUGGCGGGCGGGCUUCGGCUGUGUGGUGCCCCAGCGCGUGGCCCUGAUCCAGCUGGCCGUCCUGGACCAGGUCUUCAUAGUGGACAUGUGCUCCGCGGACCUCUGGCAGCACCCCGGCACCCUGGACUUCAUGAAGUCCUUCCUAUGCGACACCAAGGUCCGGAAGCUAGGCUAUGAUCUGGGAGGAGACCUCAAGUACCUCCAGACCACCUGGUCUCUCCAGGAGCCCCUGAAGAUGGCCCGUGUGCUGGACCUGCACUCGGUUCACCAAGAGAUAAAACGGUUGAAAGUCAAGCGCACGGCGGAGAAAGGCCUGAGUCAACUGGUGCAGCACGUCCUGGGAAAGCCACUGGACAAGAGGGAACAGCUGUCCUACUGGGAGCGGAGGCCCCUCCACCAGAGCCAGAUUAGAUAUGCAGCCACGGACGCGUUCUGCCUCCUGGAGGUGUUCUCCGCGGUCGGCAGGGAGCCCUCCCGCUACGGGCUGACCCCCGAGAAGCUCGCCGUCUGAUGCCUUUUUAAACAUGAGUACACGACCACCGUUCUUUGUAAAGUUUUAAAUGGAGACGCAGACUCUACGCUUUUUUUUUUAUGAAUCGCUCAUCAAAGCAGGGUUUUUUUAUCAAUUGUUCAAAGGUUACCACUUGAGUUUAUGUUUGAAACCAAAGUGUAUUUUUUAACUUUUCUUUUAAAAUAAUUCCAAACAAGAGAACAGGGUAUUUCUUUAUCUUUGCUAAUAAAAGAUGCCUGCUACUUUCCACAACUUUGAAAUGUAUUGGUUUUGACUAUUAAAAUAUGCUGCUCAACUACAAAUCUGGGAAUGUCUGAUUUUCCACUGAAUAGCUGAAACCUUCUUGGCCUGUGACGGCAUGCCCAGAAUGAGGUCCUUCUCUCGUCAUUGGGAUGGAGGCUGUGUUACCCAAGUACACCUGUUUUCAUAAUUACUUUAUCCGACUUAGUGUAUGACAAGAAAGUUGAGGAAGUAUUUGGGAGAAAACAGUUCAGAUUCAUUUGAACUUGCCAACUCUUCUUUUCAUUUAAAACUCGACAGAGAUCUAUACAGUUCCAACCUGUCAUUAACACCAUUACAUUUAAAUCCCAAAACUGAAAUAUACCAUGAAACAGUUCAUUAUACAGUUCAUUUCAACUUUAAUAUAAAUACACACAUAAAUGCAAUGCAUGGAAACUGAAUUGAAAUUGGUUCUGAGUUGUGUAAUACUACAACAUGUUUUGAUAAAAGUUUAGAAAGUGGUUAGCGGUUCAUGAUACCAGAAGUUCAAUCGUCUGAGAAAUACCUGACAGCUGCUUAUGGUGGGAAUCCAGUGUCAAUGCGUCAAGCCCGCCUGGCUGAACAGCUCCCUCAGAUACACACAGUCUGGCCGGACCACCAGUUGACCGCUGUGUGUGUGUAGAUUUGUGUGUAUUCUGCUGGUAUGCCUUGAUGUAUGUGUUUGUGUCAAGAUGGGUCUGGAUAUUCUUUGUGUGUUGCUCUUGUACUUGCACAUUUGUGCAUGGGUGUGUGUGUUUGUGUGUAUAAGGGUAUGUGUGUGUGUGGUCAAUGUAAUACAUAAUGGAGAUGAAUGAUAUGACAUAGGGAAUGAAACUGCUUGUUAACCUGUAAAAGUG